UUUCGGUGGGGCCGCUGAGCGCCGACGGCACGCGGCGUGGAGCAUUGAGCCCGCGGUGCCCAAAUUCCAUCAAGCGCGCAACCUAGCGGCGUGAUGCUACGGGGCAGCGACAUGCACAACUACUGCAGAGCAUGGGGGAACGGAAGAGGAAAGAGGAGACGGGAUGAUGUGGAGGAGAAGGAGAAGAGCGGUGGCAGGCGACGAGGAGCGGUGGCGGGCGGCGGGGGCCGCGGCGGCGUGUCGGAGCUUCCCAGCUCGACAGCCCAGCACGCCGCGGGUCGGGCACGACCCCCGCGAAUUUGGGGCGAAACGUUCUGGAUGAAUGGCUAUGGGGCCGAAACACGUGGGGUCGGAGGAUCGCGCCGAACCGCCGAUGCAUCUGCGACGUCGGGGUAGAGAAGCUGAGGCUCUGGAUCGCCCUCAUCGCCGAUGUGGGCGGCCUGGAACCGGAUGUCCUCUGGAUCGUGAGCCCCACCGAUCACUGGCAGCCCAGCGGGCGCGCGCGUGGAACGCGGCGCCGAUCAAAACUGUCAGGCCGAUUUGUUUGGCCAGCAUUUACAAACUAGAGGCCGCCCAACGCGCCUCGCGCGGCGAGGGCGGCCAACGCCCGUGGGAGCGACGCAGGGGCUGCUUUGCGCGCUCACUCGCAGCGGAUGCACAGGUCCAGGUUGCCGUCGUGGUGGAGGAUCUGCUGGAAGGCGCUGGUCACCUGCCACGCGCUCUGCGCGGGCGGGGGCCUCUCCACGAACUUCAGCGACUUGGACCGGCAGUUCGGCAUUUCCGC